GAAAGAAGGAUUUGUCUUGAAAGCUUCACUGUUGGACGUAUCUAACCAUCCUCAGGUUACAGCAACAUAAUCACAAACGUAACUCGUUGCAGUCGACGACAUUAAAUGUAAACGUCUUUAUUGUCUCCGCUCUUUCUAAAAUUGAAACAAAUGCAUCAAUACCAACUUAAUAUAUUUACUAAACGAUUAAAUCCAUCCAUUUUGAAAGUGUACCUACCGUGUUUUACCUUCCAGAUCAGAUCAACUCUCCGCCUUGAGGGAAAUACGUCAUCACGUGUCGACGACGAUAUCAGCCGCAUAGUUUUCAAAGCAGUGGCGGCCGGCCAUUCGGCUCCGGGAUUGUGUAAGCUGCGGCAUUACUAACAGCUGCCGGCCAUUCGGCUCGGGGAUUGCGUAAGAGGCUGUUGCGGCGAAGUUGUGGCGUACCCUGAAAAAUAUGAAAGCUAGCGAGGAAGAACGUUAUUACAGCAAUCGAUGCGUUACACGGUCUCACGUGAAAAAUCAGUGAGGCACAUUUUACGGACAACGUCUCCAGUUGUCAAGAGGACAAAGGCGGCGGGAACGCAACGCAGAAACUUCUAGAUAAGCCUGAGCUCAGAGAGACUAUGGACUGCGGGGUUUUCUCAGCUGCCUUUAAAGAGCAGCUGGCAGCCACGAUUGAGCGAGAGGUGAGGGCCACUUCACGGGCAGUGCUUAUUAAAUUUUGUGACUUGAUGGACGGAGGGUUUUCCGUUUUACAAGCGCAAGUACAGAAACUUCAGGGUAAGUUUCUGAAAACCGGAACAGAAGUCGAAAACUACCUCGCCUUCAUCAUCGAGGAGACAGUGUUGCUAGCCGUAGAGGUGAUCGUGACCGAAUUUACGGAUCAUGUCGAUCAGACAUUUUCGUAUUACCAGCGCAAGUUCGCCUUGAAGGAAAAAGAAAUCGAAAUACUGAAGCUGCAGCUGGAGAGCCAAAAACGCAAGUGCUGUGCCGAGAGGGACAUUCUCAGUUCUACGUGUGGGAAUGUCGGUACGUCCAAUGGGGCAGGAAUAAAAGAUAAGGAAGAUCGCACUAUAUUUGAAGAUCCACCAAUCUAUAUGAAGAUGGUAAACACAAAAGAUGUUGUUACACCUAUCUUGAAAAUUCAAGAACUAGACUGUUUUCAAGAUGUAAACGGAGACAGUCAUGAAAGUCCCCAAAACACUACUACUAAGGACCUUAACGCAGAUGUUGGUAUGAAUGCUGAUGACAGUGCAGAACUACCAUUUGUCCAUAUUAAAGAGGAAGCCAGUGAGUUGGGAUUUAUUAAUAUUAAACAGGAAGUUAUUGACCAGGAUAUACAUUAUCAUAAAGUGGAGGUUUGUGACCAGUCAUUACUUAAUAUAAAGGAAGAAUUUUGUGACUUGGAUGUUAUUUGCAUUAAAGAGGAGGUUUUUGACAAUGACUCUGCUCACCUUAAAAUGGAGGUGUUUGAAGAGGAAUAUGCAAGCAAAGAUGCAGAGCAGAACAGAUCUGAGUGUAUACAGUGGACCAGGCAAAUUGACCACAGCUCUGAUCAAAAAGAGCAAAUCUCUACAGUGCAAGGGAGUGACUUCUCACUCUGUCCAGCCGACCAUAACUCUUCACAAGAAGAGCUGCACACCAAAAUGAACGAGACUCCUUUAGAAUGUGAAAAUGUGAAGAGGAAAAUGACUGUGAAUGGAACAUACUCGUCAUUACAAUGUGGGACAGAAGCUUUAUGGAAAACUACUAAAGCAGAUAACUCUGAUGUUACACAGGAAAUCCCAACAGCGGCUGAUCUAAAUCAGUGCAAUGUGUGUAAUAAGAUGUUCAAAAAUAAAUGGAUUUUUCAGUUGCACCAGAGGAUUCACACUGGAGAGGAACCAUAUUUUUGUAGUGAUUGUGGAAAGACUUUCAAAAAGAAGCGACUUUUUCUUCAUCAUCAGAAAAUCCACCUGAGGCAAAAACCAUAUUCUUGUUCAGACUGUGAGAAACGUUUCUCGACAAAAAAUGAUCUUCAAAAGCACAAGAAAACUCACAGUAGAAGAAAUUCAUAUUACUGUGGUGAAUGUGGAAAGUGUUUCUCAGAUAAGUGUAGCCUACAAGAGCACCAGAAAAUUCAUAAUGGAAAAAAAACAUAUUGUUGCUCUGAAUGUGGGAAAAGUUUUGUUCGUAAUUGUGAUCUUCAAAGGCACCUAAAGGUUCAUUUGGGACAAAAGCCAUAUUGUUGUAAAGUGUGCACAAUGAGUUUCUCAGACGAACAUUGUUUUCAGAAACAUCAAACACUUCACAUUGCAGACAAGCCAUAUUGUACUUUAUGUAAGAAAACCUUCUCAAAUUUAUAUUACCUUCAGCUCCAUCAAGUGUUUCACACUGGAGAGAAGCCAUUUUGUUGCACUGAAUGUGGAAAGAAAUUCUCGUUGAAGACUAGCUUUAUCAGACACCAGAAAAUUCACAUGUAGAAGACACAUUGCAGAAAUGCAGGAUGCAGUUUGUUUACGUAGCCUCAGUGACUUAAUAAAAAAAGUUGAUGUCACACACUAGGGAAGAAAGCAACUUCCAUUUUAAAUGCAGUUAUUAAAUGCUUCUGUGUAAACAAGUGAAUAGAAAUGACAAAUUUAUUAUUUAUUUUAAUUUUAUUUUUUAGAAAAGUGUUGAAGUUCAAGUUGCUCAACUUGCUUAUGGUUCUGUAAGCCAGCAGUUAGGUUAAGGUAUUAUAAAAUUAAGUAGCAUAAGCAAAACAACCACUUAAUGUGAAGAAAUGUUUGUACCUCUGAUUGGAUAUUCAGCUAAUUCUUCCUGGUCUGUUGUUCCACUUUGUUUUUUUAUUUUCAGGUUUUUUUUCCAGUUCCAGCCUUUACGCAGACUUGGCUUACUUCUCACAACUCUGUAAUUUAGAGGGCGAGUUGAACCAAUUCAUAAUUUGCUUGAGUGUCUGCGCCUGCUUGUAAUUUGUAUAUAUUUGGAUCACAGGAUGAUGUACAUUUGAUGGUAUUAUUGGUGGCGAUUCCAGUCAUGUAGACAAUGCUGCCAAGAGUGUUCUGGCGGCCUGUUGUCCUGAUCAUGAAACACUGGUGCAGGAAAUCAUUGGAUGGAUAGACUUAUCUAAAAGUAAUUCUGCCAACCUUGUUAGGUAGGUUCCAAAGAAUUUAAAGGGUGAAAGAGUGCAAUGAAACUAAAUACAUGUUAAUUCAUUUUUUUUUUUAAAUCAUAAACCUCACUCUACAUCCGGCAAAAAGACAGAUUUAUGAAUAUCACAGCUGUUAAUUUCCUAAUUAUUAAGCACACUUUACAUAAUAAUUUUAUUUAUAUUCCGUCUUUCACAUGCUCAAGGCACUUGUAAAGCAAAAUACACACAUGUUGGCAGUUAACCCUGAAUGUGCCCACUAACCCACUUACACUUUAAGUCUGAGCACGAGUCUUCUGCUGAAUCUUCCUCAUUUACUUUAUGUUCUAGCAAGAAUUGUCUCUUAUUUCUACACUUUUCUUGACUGGGAAUGCAAAUAAGGUAUAUUUGGACUUUGUGGUUGGAUACUUGAGAGUGAAAUCCCAUUUCUGGCUCUUCUCCAUUAACAUAUUCUUUUUUUGAUGAGCCAUUGUGAGGACAUUCUGGUCAUAGUUUGGAACAUCUGUGACUGUCUCUCUUUCUGGCUAUUUUUUUUUUUUUACAAAUUUUGGAAGCGAGUGAUGCUUAAUGACAAGGUGAACUAUCACUUUGUUGCAGGUGUUGAUCUAAUGUAGGACUAUUCCCAGCCUACCAUUUUUGUUUUCCACAAAUCAGUCUGCAUGUUAGAAUGGUCUCUUUCUUCAUAUUGAGUGGUGGUUUAAUUUUUUUUUUUUUUUUUUUAUAUUGUAGCAGUGUGGAUACCUUAUUAUUAUUAUUUUAUUUGGGAGAUUUAUUUUUAUGCUGCGUUCAGGGUCUUGUAAACUAGUACAUCUCCAUUCUUCAGACCUUUUCAGACUAGUACAAGCUGGAUCUGAGUGUUAAGUGUAAAGUGCGCCUUCAUUUUGUAAGGUUUUAUUUUUUAGGAACCUGAGGUUAUAAUUGUUACAUUUAGAUACAUCAUUAUUAAAUUAUUGUUUUAUUUCAAAAUCAUAGUUUAAUAUAUAAAAUAAUACACAAAACACAGACCCAUUAAGAAUUGUAGGAGCUGGAUUCUCGAGAUCAGAAGCUGCCUGCUUCUUUGCUCAGCUGCUGUUUAACUGGAGCAGUCGUUUGUUUUCCAUGUUUUUCCUGUUUGUUUUUUUGGAGUGUUUAUUAAUCAGGUUUUUAAAAGUAUUGCUCUGUACUUUGUUUUACAGCAUUGUAAUUGCAUUACAGUUUAAAUUGUUCACAUUAGUGAUAAAACAGGAACCACAUUUGCAACCUGUACUGUAUGAAGCUUAAUCUGAGCUAAAAUGAGAGAGUGAAAUGACUAACAGUCCACAUACAUAAAGUAUAAAUAAUAACUAUUUAUAGUUCAGAGCAUACUUUGUUUUUCCUUUAAUGAAUGUACGUUAUAAAAUGUUAUUUAGUGCAUUUACCACCAUUAUUGAUGAUAAAUGCAUUAAAAAAGCAAAGGUGAUGUUUUUACCGUUCUGUUUGACAUUAUAAAACAUCUCUGUCAAUGUUUACUUUGGUUUAUCUUAAAAUGUGAUGCUAGGAAGCUUUUCCCAGAGUUUUGAACAAGCUUGUGCUUUAAAGCUUUUACUUAAAUAAUGGUUCAAAGGGUUUCUUAAACUUACUGUAACUGUUAUACCAAAUAGUGUAUUGAAAAUGUGAUUAAUAAAGAUAAUUUAUAAACAUAUAAUGA